AUGGCACAAAUACGCCCGAACACGAACUUGAGAUGGGCAAACCUCGACUUCACACAAGACUGCACCGCAGCUGCGGACUUCAACAGCGGCUUCUGGGAAAACUUUGACCCAGCCCAUCCAACAUUCAUCAAAACACGCCAUGCCAUCGAGAAUUUCAUUUCGAGUGCACUUCCACCGGGCUCUUCCAAGCCCAGCACAUGCGAAACCAUGGCUUGGUUCGAGAGGGAGCUUACAGAGCCGAACACAAAUGUGACGAAGAGGAUGUAUCAAGACUCCUUCGAGCAUUGCAGGUUGGAGACUUGUCACUCGAUUGAAUAUACUUCGAAUCCUGAUAUUUCGGGGAUUGGAGUGAGUUGUUUCUAGUAAAGGUUUGUGGGAUGGAAAAUUGAUGCCGUAUAUAGAUGAGAGCUGCGUACUGUAUGGAGGCUGUGAUGGUGACAAUCUAUUUGGUCAUUUUCAUCCUCAGGUCAAUUCAACUUCAUCGACAUAAGCCCUCCCAAAUUUUAUCCCACUCAUCCAGAGAAUCUUUACCGCUUCCAGCAAGAAACCUCACGAUUCGGAAAUGGAGCACCCGCAUCAAAAAUGCCGCCUCACAAACAAUUGGAGAUUUUCUGAACACAGCAAUGGUAUUCAACCUUUCCAUAGUCGUAGCAGGCAUAGUAACCGUACUCAAAUCCAAAUUCAGAGUUUACGAUAUGCUACAAGCUACAUUAGUAACCGGAUUCUCGCUCUCAGUCGUACUAGCUAUUUGGCCCAUGCAGCGAGAAAUCAAGGAGCGACAGAUGUUAAGGAAUAGCUUUCUGGCCAUCAACAUGUUGCUCUCGCUGACAGAGAUAUCGAUAAUGAUCUACAUACAACAAUCCGAACGACAUACCACCAGGAAAGAAACGCUAUGUCUCCCACAGGUAUUUACUUCUUUGAGCGAACCGUCUCCGUACUUCUACGUUCUUGAAUUACUCGUUGGUAUUGCUGUUUUUAUGUCCUUCUGGUUUCUCCUGAUCAAAUCGCUUAUUACGAAGAUAACCGCAGCGAAAGUUGGUAAGAUCCAGCCUUUCGAGUUUCUGUGGAGAUUGCGCAAUACGUGGUGGUGGAUUAUUUGCUUAUACGGUUAUUUCAAUCUCUGGUUGACGUUAGGGGGCCUUUUUUACGUGAGACACCUUGUGAAUACCAGGCUCAAUGAGUCGUUUGAGGACACUAGUUGGGGGUUCGGACAGGUUAUGGCGUUGGCCACGUGGUUGCCUAACCAGGCUGAUUUCAUCUACUUUUUGAUCUGUGAGUUUUCCAACACCGUUCUUCUUUUUUGAUUUCCUGUGCAAGGUGACAUGACGGGAAGGAGGUGCUGAUGAAGAAAUAGUUGGUGUACAGCGCGGUUUGAGGGUUCGUGUUACUCCUGCGUGGAAGGAAACCUAUGUUGAACUUGAGUUCGAGGAGGGUGUUAAUGGAACUGAAGCUGUGGAAAGAUCGAGGUUAAGCCCACUUCCGUGUCAUCCCCAUACCUUCCCAAUAUAGUAGUUUUGUCUUAUUGUCAUUCAGAAGGAAGGAGGAAGGGCAUUUAUACACCCUCGUUGAUGGAUUCGAUUGA